CUACAUUAAUACAAUUACUAAUAGCUGCUUGGGGGAACAUUUUCGGUUCCAUUCCUUCACUUUUAAUCUAUGGGGAUGGCCUAAAAACAAUUGGCUCCCAUUCGACAAUUUUAGUUUGCCUUUAUAAAGCUUCCAUUAACAAAUACAUACUAAUUGAAAAAGAUUGGUUUUGGUAUUAUUCAUGUUCCAUAUGGUGUUUCUCGGCAUGCUUAAAUGUCUUUUCUUUUGCUGUUGAUAUUGAAGAACCGAAUUAUGGUACAAGAGCCUCUUCUCUUGUUUGUAGACCUUUUGAAACUGGUUUACAUAUUUUUAUCUACUUGGUGGUAUCUGCUCCAUUAUUAUUACUAGCUUUUAUAUAUACCAUUGUUUCGGGCAAAAUACUUUUCGAUAGAUGGAAAUCUUAUCGCAAGAAAGAGAAUAGAUUUACUGUAAUGGGGUUAGGCCAUGCAAUAAGGCUUUGGCUUUGUGGUGCAUAUUUCACCGCGUUUCUCGCUUGCACCAGUAUUCCAAGGCUAUUUUCUUAUUUUAAACAACCAAAUGUCGACACUACUUUACUGACGAUCUAUGAUUAUGCCUUUUCUUUUAA